AUGGCCGAUGCCGACUCUCCCACUGGCGCCUACGAUGGCGACCCCGCUCCGUCGCCUGAUCAGGGUGACAGCGACAUCGACAUGCAGCACUACGCGCUCGAGCAGCACAACAACACGCUGCAAGGCACGCCCGUCAAUGAUCUCGAUGUCAAUUUCCCACAAAACACCUCGAACAUCAAUCAGUCUCACGACCGCAUUAACAAUCCACCGAGCUUCAACCAUUUCUUGGCUCCAGCUCAUCAAAGCGUGACUCCAAUGCCUGCGGUCGCCAACAAUGCUAGUCCACAUGUUGGCUUCAAUCCAGGCUUCCAGCUACCGUUUCAGCCCUCAAGCACCCCAAUUGGCACUCCAGUCCCAUUUGGCCAUGGACUUCUCCCACCUCAGACCCCUGAAGUCAAAAUCAUGCCGCCUUCUCGUCUAGGUACUCCUAUGAGUCAGCACCAGACACCUAUAGUUCAGUACCAACCAAUACAGUACUUUCAGCAUCAACGAAACAUGACCCAGUACACUGGUGGUUAUGGUCAAGCUCAAGCACCGCAGUACCUCCCUCAGCCCCGCCCCCAAACCGCGGCAGCUAUACAUCAACUCCAACGUCCAGCUAUCAACUUUGCAGACGAACAAAUGCGCGUACACCACCAUGCGGAGCGUCUGGCCUUGUUGGACAGGCAGGCUGCGCAGUACCAAGUGGCUCAGCAGCAAGAGGUGUGGGCGGAACCGUUUCCAGGCUAUCGCCCGCGCCCGCCGCCACCAGCCAUCAACCAAGCCCGCCCGCAGCCGAACAACCACAAUCCGCAGGCUUUCGAACGCUAUCAUGUCGAUCAGCAGCCACCGCUGAUGCCUACCUAUCCACGUAUUCCCCUACAGCCAAUGCCUACCAACAACAUCAAGCUUGAAGGCACAGGCACGGCUCAAGGCCGAUCGGAUGGUCCUAGUCUCGUUCCGAAGCGCAAGAUCCCUCGCCAGAGCUCUGCGGCUAGUACGCCUAACGUGCCAACUCCUCGUGCUAUGCCUGUUGCACCCCAGCCUCAGCGUGUAUUAGCCCCCCAGCCAACCAACGAUAUGUUGAGGCAGACCACGACAGCCCCUAAUCCACCGGCUAUGAAUGGCAAUCCGGCCGCGGACUUGGCAGCUCACCAACUCGUCCAAGCUUUUGUCAAUCGCCACCAAAACAACCCUCUUGCUGUCGACACCUUCUACCGCCUCGCCGCAAACUUUAACAAUCAUAUCAUCAAUGAGAACCAGUUUUACGUGGAUGUCUACAAGCUCUUUUACAUGCUCGGCUCAAAUGAUUUCUUGAUCCAGUUGUACCACCAGCGUCCGUUCACUUGGCGCAACACUCCGCUGCAGUGGUUUCACCAGGCUAUUCAGCAUGAGUGCGACGAUCAAGUGCUUGAGGUCAUGGCCAAGCGCAUUAUGCGCACUGGCCGUGUCGAACUUCUGAUGGGUGGUCCUGAGGGCACUGCUCCGCCGUCGACCCCGUUUCAGGCUGCUGUUCCUUCAGCUCCUGGUCAGCAGCAGGCUGUCGAGACGAAGAUCGUGAAUCUUAAGCUCUCUCGGAGUGCUUUGCAGAAUAUUCGCCAGUCUGGUUUGACCACGCCUGUUGCUCCACCGGCCCCUGACAACGAUGCCAACGAUACUGCUAUUCACCUUGUUGCUGAUUUUGCUGGUGUCAAUGCAGGUGACGGCGCCGCUGAUCGGUGGGACAACAACGACUUCCUUGAGGAGAGUGUGCCGCUGAAGAAAACCAAGAAGAAGGUGCCUAUGAAAGGCUACCGUGCUGGUCAAGGCGAUGUCGACCCCAACGCUGACACUAGCUCAACCAAGAGGCGUUCGUCUCGACAGACUCACGUCGCUCUUACUGUCCCGCAAGCUGAGCAGGAGACAUCGUCUCCGCAAGUCGGCACACCGGCUCAAGACAGUGCUAUCGAGGUUGACGAGGGUGACGAGAAUGGGGAUAGUGAGGACGAGGAUGAUGGUGAUGGGAGCGACGAUGGCGACUUCGACGGCCCCACUCGCCAAACCAGCAAGAAUUCAAGAUCUAUCGGCCCAAAAGUCCGUGCCAAGCGUGCGAUCAGCAGGGAUACCGCCAAACUUCCAGGCAGCGAAGUCCCGCAUGUCGGUAAGAUCUAUCCCACCCGCCGUGCUAUCCUCGCCCGCGACGACAAGCCGUACAUUCACAAUGCCUGUGCCCAAGGCUUCAAGCAUCCCGACGAUGUACGUAAGCAUCAUAACCAGAACUGCGAUAGUGCCAAAGGCCUGCAGGGCGAGAAGAAGCCCCUGUGGAAUGACCAUGCGAGCUGCAAGAUCCAGUUGAGUCAGCUGGAGUAUUGUAAGGUUGAGGAUGGGUUUGUUGUGCUUGAUCAGGAUAGCUUGGAUAAGGUGCAGGAGUGUGUUGAUGAGGGUCGUGCAGUCAACAAUCUGCAGAAGGCCAGUAAGAGGGCUGCGAAGGCGACUGGUCUCAAGGUUGGCGACAAGAAGUUUGACGAGGAGAUUGAGCGCGUGGACUCUGCUCUGGCGGAGGGCAACGGCAACCAGAUGUUUGACAACGAUGAUGUUGGGCUGGCUCAGCCAGUGGCUGAUUCUGCCGCUGCAUACAAUCAAGCUAUCUCAACCAACCCCUUCACCGUCAAUCCUUUAAUGGCCAAUCCUUUUGCGACCGGCGCCUUGAUGACCAAGCCCUCCGUUGUCACCACGCCUGCUUCACUUACCGCACCAGCCACCACGAAGAAGAAGUCUACACCAAUCAAGACCAAGACCUCGAAGACCAAGACGCCGAAGAAGACCAUCCCGUCGAAGCGUGGUCCCGGCGAGAACGAGAACGAGGAUAGUGACUAUGGUUCCGCCAACAAGCAAGCCUCCAAGCGUCAAGUCGUCAAGGCUGGUCCGGAUUGA